AUCUCUUAGUGUAUCGAGUAUUUUCGGAUACUUCUUGGAUCAGAUAGUGCCGUAUGUGUGCUUGUGAUAAGACCCGGUUUUUUGGAUAAAAAUUCAUUGUCCUCAUUUACAAGUGCUACUCUUUUUUUUGUAAUUGUUUAUUUGUGAUUUUUAUAUUUAAUUAUCUGAGACGGUAAAAUGAGUGGCGGGGUUUACGGUGGAGAUGAGGUUGGAGCCCUCGUAUUUGAUAUUGGACAUUAUUCUGUCCGUGCUGGAUUUGCUGGAGAGGAUUCUCUUAAAGCUGAGAUACCUAGUAUGGUUGGUUAUCUCGAUGAAGUUCCUGAUAACUCAAUGGAAGUUGAUUCUCAACCGGCUCCUACUGCACAAAGAAAACAUUUCAUCGAUACAACAUCUAUUCAUGUUCCUAGGAAAGGUGUUGAAAUGACAACGUUUCUCAAAGACGGCAUGAUUGAGGAUUGGGAUCUAUUCGAAAAAAUGCUCGACCAUGUUUAUGCGAAACACGUAAAAUCCGAUCCAAAAUUACAUCCCGUAUUAAUGUCAGAAGCAGCGUGGAAUGUAAGAAGUAAAAGAGAAAGAUUGACCGAAAUUAUGUUCGAAAAGUACAAUAUACCGGCUUUUUUCUUAGUUAAAAAUGCUGUCCUGUCUGCUUUUGCCAAUGGAAGAUCAACAGGUAUCGUUGUUGAUUCUGGAGCUUCUCAAACCUCUGCUGUUCCAAUCCAUGAUGGUUUUGUGCUGCAACAAAUGAUUGUUAAAUCUCCUCUUGCUGGUGAUUUUAUCACUAUGCAAUGUCGCCAAUAUUUUGAAGAACAUAACAUUGAAAUUGUUCCACCUUAUCAGAUUGCAUCUAAAGAAGCUGUCAAUGAAGGAGCGGUACCUAAAUGGACUAAGAAAACUAAUAUUCCUGAAGUGAGUAAAUCAUGGCACAAUUACAUGGUCAAAGAAGUUAUUCAAGAUUUUCAAGCCUGUGUUCUACAAGUCCAUGAUGCACCUUACGACAAGGAAACCAUCGAAAACAUGCCAACAGUGCAUUACGAAUUUCCUAAUGGUUUUAAUCAAGAUUUUGGAUGUGAAAGAUUUUCAAUCCCCGAAGCUUUAUUUGAUCCAUCUAAUAUUAAAGGAGUUCCUGGAUCUGUGAUGGGAAUAGCUCAGAUAGUUACCACAAGUGUAGGAAUGUGCGAUGUUGAUAUAAAGCCAGCUUUAUACGGAUCUGUUAUAGUGACAGGUGGAAAUACUCUUAUUCAAGGAUUCACAGAUAGACUUAAUCGAGAUUUAUCGACCAAAACUCCACCGAGUAUGAGAUUGAAACUCCUCAGUCCUGUUGGAACAGCUGAACGAAGAUAUGCUGCCUGGAUUGGUGGAUCCAUUCUUGCUUCUCUGGGAACAUUCCAACAAAUGUGGAUCUCAAAACAGGAGUAUGAUGAAGGAGGAAAAUCUCAAGUUGAGCGUAAAUGUCCUUAAGUAUUCUCUUCGCAUUUUACUUCAACACCUCUCAUUUGAUUAAGUGAUGUGGUUUCAUUCUGUCUAUCUUUAUCAUCAUUCAACCAUUGGAGCCAUCUUCAGUGCAUCUUUCACCCCCAUUUUGAAUUUUUGUAAGCACUCAAAGCCAAAUAAAUCAUUUGAUGUAAAAUUUGACCUUUAAUCACAUCUCAUGAACGAUCAACUGUAUUUCAUCUCUUCUGUUUAUUUCGAUAUUUACAUGUAAAAAUUGUGCUACUGUUGAAAUCUCCAAUUGAAUGAAUGAUUAAUUCAGUUGAUCAAGCUAGAAUGAUCAAUUCUAAGUUAUAGCUUGAUUAUUAAACAUCUUUUGUACACAAGAUUGUACACGUCGUUUAAAUUCAUCCAGAACUAAAUCAAUUCACCAAUAACUUUAAUAUCUGAUCAAUUAAUUUCAGAAUGUAUAUUGUAUCAUAAGUAAACCUAAAUUGGUUUGGCUUGGAAGCAAGAAAUGAAUGCAGAUACAAAAAAUCUCAGUCAAUUGUAUUAUUAAUAUGUCAAUUUUACUUGAUUUUAACCAUUCUAAUAAAUGCUUGAAAAAUCUCAA